CACCCGCCGGCAGCCGGCUCCAGUCGUUCCAGCAGCCCGCCUGGGCGUGGGCGGGCACUUUGGCGCGCUUGCGCACUUCGGGAAAAGCGGAGCUGGACCCCGCCCCGUACGGCAGCUUUGCUCCUCCGCUGAGCGUGCGAGGGACGUCGGGGGCGGUGCCGCAGCAGUUGCCCCUGGUAACCGGGAGGCAGGAGGAGGAGGAGGAGGAGGAGGAGGGACUCGGCGGGAGGAUGGGCUUGCUCUCAAUUUUGCGCAAAUUGAAAAGUGCACCAGACCAGGAGGUGAGGAUCCUUCUCCUGGGCUUGGAUAAUGCUGGCAAGACCACUCUUCUGAAGCAGCUUGCAUCUGAAGACAUUAGCCACAUUACACCUACACAGGGAUUUAACAUCAAAAGUGUACAAUCACAAGGUUUUAAACUGAAUGUAUGGGACAUUGGUGGACAGAGAAAAAUCAGACCAUACUGGAGAAAUUAUUUUGAAAAUACUGAUAUUCUCAUCUAUGUAAUUGACAGUGCAGACAGAAAAAGAUUUGAAGAGACGGGUCAGGAACUAGCUGAAUUACUGGAGGAAGAAAAGCUAAGUUGUGUGCCAGUGCUCAUCUUUGCUAACAAGCAGGAUUUGCUCACGGCAGCCCCUGCCUCUGAAAUUGCAGAAGGACUAAACCUGCACACCAUCCGCGACCGCGUCUGGCAGAUCCAGUCCUGCUCAGCUCUCACGGGAGAGGGCGUUCAGGACGGCAUGAACUGGGUCUGCAAAAAUGUCAACGCAAAGAAGAAAUAAAAUCUAGCUGAACGGAGAGACGCAGGAGCUGCGGGAGCUGAAUUCUGUCCUGAAAAACACUAAUUUGCUGCUUUCUGACCAAAUGUUUUUCCAUCUGUGUACAGCUACAGCUGUUUGAAGAGAGGGAACAACACAGUUUAAAAAGAAUCCCCAUUCCAGCAGUAGAUUUAACUGAUCUCUGAGGUUCAGUAUCAUUUUUCAAAUAAAGGAAUUAUAUUAUUUCCUCUGCAUAAUUGAAAUAGUAUUAAAUGUCUCAAAGCACA